ACCCAUUUCACAAAGAAAGAAGCUUAAUCUGCCAUUUCAAUGCUCGUCUCCUCUUCCCAUUCUUAUUUUCCCACAAAUUUCUGAAUCGCCUUCUGGGUAUACGCCCCACAAUUCUUCUCACAAUUUAAGCUGCUUAAAAUCUUUGAUUCCGACCCCGGAAAGGGUUUUCGGUGUUCAAUUUCCCGUCUCAGUUCUGUCGCUGUUGGAAGUGAAUCGAAUAAGUGAAGAUAUGGACUCGUCGUCUACAGAGGCCGUUACGGUAAUGCAGGAAAUACUUUUGGAAUUUCGUGCAGGAAAAAUGUGUUUUGAAGGAAAAAGGGUUGUACCUGAUACACGUAAAGGACUUGUUCGUAUUGGAAGGGGUGAGGAGGGAUUGCUGCACUUUCAAUGGCUUGAUCGGACACAAAAUGUCAUCGAAGAUGAUCAGAUUGUUUUUCCUGAUGAAGCUGUUUUUGAGAAGGUUAAUCAAGCGUCGGGAAGAGUUUACUUAUUGAAGUUUAAAACAGAUGACAGAAAGUUCUUCUUUUGGAUGCAGGAGCCCAAAGCUGAAGAGGACCAGCAGUUGUGUAGCUCCAUCAACGACUACCUAAAUCGGCCAUUGGAGUUCCUUGAGGAAGAACCUGUUGCUUCCACUCCUAUACAAGUUUCAGAAGGCACAGUCGAAGAAAAUAUCCCAUCAAGCUCCUCACUACGGCCAGUGAAGUUGGAAGACCUGCAAAGAAUUUUAAGUAACAUUGACUCUUCUGAUAUUGAUCUUGAUCCAGAUGCAGGUUUUGGAUUGGGAGAUUUAUUAAAGCCUGACCUGAUAAUGCCAUUGCUGGAAACGUUGCCGUUGGAACAGAGUUUAGCUUCUUAUUUACCUGAGGGUCCAUGGUCUCCUGAGGAUAUAUUGGAACUGUUACAAAGUCCACCUUUUCGUCAACAAGUAGAGUCAUUUACUUAUGUUCUUCGGACUGGACAGAUAGAUUUGUCUCAGUUUGGAAUAGACCCGAGCAAAUACAAGUUUACAGUAUUGUCUUUUCUCGAGGCCCUCGAGGAUUCUGUUUCCAAAAUGCCAAAUUCCGAGCAGGGGCAAGAUGACAAGGAUGUAAGAUCUCAGUCCUGUAAUCGUAACGACUCAAUGGAUGAAUCAUAGUAGGAAGAUAUUCAAAUUCUGUGUUCGCUUAUCAGUUGCAAAUCUCAUUGUUUGUUAUCGGCAAAGAGAAGAUUGUUUGGUCGCUUCCUGUCUUUUCAUGUAUACACUAGAGAGGAACUAGAAUUCCUUGAGGAACAAAAAGGUGCUGAUUUUUAUCUGCAAUUUUAUAUCUUAUAUGGGCCGACAAUCUAUCUUAGUUUUAUAUCAUUAAUCUCAUUGUAAGUUUUAGACUUUUUGAAGAAUUUAACUGUAUAUUGACUGAGAAUAGUUCCAUUAGUGUCUUUUUUGUCAUUUUUCUUGGACAGGAUGCUUUUUUAAUUGGGAGAUUUUUGGAGUAGAAAUGAGCCGGGAAGGAUGUUAUACUAGACUUGGGAAAAUGAGUUCCUAAUUACAUUGCUAAUAAGUUUUUGUUUAUCAUAAUACCUGCAA